AUGAUUCAUGAAUUUUAUAGCAAUCUCAAAAAGGAAUCAUCAGUCCCAUCAAGUCCUUUGUAUGGAAAAAUUUACCUAAGAGGAAAGUACUAUGACUUUUCCCCAGAUGUUAUAAACACCUGCUACAACACCUUUGAACAAGAUGAUCAAUUCGAUCAUAAUGGGGACAUCAUAGCCCAGGAGAUCACAGCAGGAAAUGUAGUCCUUGAAAAGAAGAAGAUCAAAGCUGCCUGCCUGACAAGCAAAUAUGCAAUCCUACAGAAAAUAGCUCUGGCAAACUGGAUGCCUUCCUUACAUGAGAACACUGUGAAAUGGAGCUUGGCAGAAUUAUUAUACAAAGUUGGGAAAAAGAUCAAAAUCAGCUAUGGAGAACUGGUACAUCAACAAAUCAUGAAUCUAGCUGAAAUCAAAUCUCUCAAAGCCUCUCUAAUCUCUCCAAACCUAAUCCAAACAAUCCUCACCAAACAAGGACUGAAGACUACCAAGAAGAAGCUCCAACAGAUCAAAACCCUGAAUGUGUCUAUUAAACUGAAAAAGGGAUUUCAUCAAAAUGACCUGAAAACCACAAGUCCAGAAGAUAACCCCAUGAACACUGAUAUGCUUCAAAAAUACUUCCAGAAAAAACUCAAUGAGCUUAAUACAUCUGAAAGGUACAUAAAGCAGAGACAGUUGGAAAUCCAAGAAGAGAAAGUUGAAGUACUCAAAUGGCUUACAGCCUUAGGAGAAAAUAAUGAAGAAGAGCCUGAUAAGGAAGCUGAAAAAUCCCAAGAAGUAAAUGCUGAUGAAGAAGAAUCUGAAGGAGAGACUGAAAAGUCCCAAGAAGAUGAUGCAGAAAAUCAAGAAGGAAGCCAAGAAGAAGAAUAG